AAAAAAUUAAAAUAUCUGUCAGUCAAUAUCAGAGUAGAUCUACUCAAUAACUUGUACCUGAAGAUGGUCCGCAAAAGAGAUAAACGUAAAAAUAAGUGCCGAGACAUCCCAACAGACAACACAAACAACAGAAAUAAGCGCCGAAUCAACCCAUGGGUUGAACUGAUGGCAAAAGCGAAGGACGACAACAGAAACAACAGAAAUCAAUCAUCACUAUUGGAUCCGCAACCGUGGGAUUGGGAUGAACUACAACAACUGCCUCAGCCAAUGGAACCGAUCAGGACUUUAGGAGCUGAUAACUGGUCAGCCAAAUGGUACAAUUGGGACACAGCUGGUCGGGGACACGAUAUUGUAUGGGAUGAAAAUCAGGUAAAUAUGGAACAUUAUCGCCAAUUAUUACAACAAUAUGGUUAUGAAAUUCAAGGUUUUAUUCGGGAACGAAAAGGUAGACACGAUCAUCAUAUAGUGAAUGUGCUACGGGAUGAACCUGCCGAUCCCAGUAUAGGUAAGUUACGCGGUAAGUACCCAUAUGUCUGUAAGAUAGUGUCGAUGGGAUUUUAUAAGAAAAGGUAUGGCCGUCGAAUAGAUAGAGCAGUUCAGGCAUUUCGUAAAGAAGCGGCAAUACUGAUGCGUUUGGAUAAAUAUAAUCAACAAAAUAUCGUAAAAGUGUACGAUUGGAUUGACCUAACCGACCCGUUUACACAGUUUCCUUAUAACUAUGGGGCACUUAUUAUGGAAGUAAUGUUAGGAUCACUCAGUGAUCUGAUUAGAUCGAAACCAAUGAAAAUACUAGAUUUCAAUUAUUGUCAAUUGGUUGCUCGUGAUAUAGCCCAAGCACUGGAGUUUAUUCAUAGUAGAAUCAAAUACAGGUUAGACACCAAUAGACAUCCUAUCCUUGGACACGAUAGUCAACCGAUUUGCGAGACUUUUACUAUUGUACAUAUGGCAGUCUCACCUCGAAAUAUACUAUACAAAUUGGUCAAAGAUGAUCAGUCAUUAUUGCCCAGAUAUGUAUUCAAAUUGGCUGACUUUGAGGAAAGCUAUGUCUACGAACUGGACGAGCCGGCAGUUAUGCCUACCUGGGCUAUCGCCAAACCCUACCUACACAGUCAUAGUGCAGCCGAACUUUUUGAAUCGGAUACAUCCAAUAUGCUAACACCGCCAAUGGAUAUGUACAGUUUGGGCGCCUGUAUCGACUGUGCACAUACAGUAGACUCACAGAUCCCGAUCCCCAGUCUAGACUUACAGCAACCCAGGCUUUGGCACAUGAGUUCCUCAAUGAAGUUGAUUGAAAACAACGACACGGUUUAGCCGAUCAGG